AUGGUGGGGAAGUCUCCCCUUGUUGAGACAUCAGCGCCGGUUGUCCCUCUACAGAAGAAGGAGGAUCCCUCGGCUGCUCCUGUGGUCACUCUUGUCCCCCUCUCUGCUGCUGACGCUACUUCGACAAGGGCGGAUUUGAUCGUCCUUAGUAGUGACAGUGAAGAUGAGGUUGAUUGGGAGGCACUCGCCACCGAAGACGAAGUCGACUAG